UACAGUGCACUAAAGAUUCCUGAGCCUGUGGACACACAAACAGACAAGAUAAAUGCCCAGGAACAGGAAGCUGCUGAGUGCUGCUGAAUAUGUGCAGGCCUCUAAAUCCCCAAUUGUCCAAUUUGAGAAACAGCACUGUCAGCCAGCCGAAUAGUCAAUCACUUGCUGUAAUAACGUCACCUAGCCUGAAAGUUGUAUGAAGUUAACAAAUGAUCUUCCUGGUUGACCUCCUUGCUAGAAAAGCCUCUGGCUAUUGAUUGGGUUUAUUAGAAGACUGCAGUUGCUAAGGCUGGCAUGGUGGAUGAGUUUGAAAAGUACAGUGCACUAAAGAUUCCUGAGCCUGUGGACACACAAACAGACAAGAUAAAUGCCCAGGAACAGGAAGCUGCUGAGAGUGCUGCUGAAUAUGUGCAGGCCUCUAAAUCCCGUAUUGUCCAGUAUGAGAAACAGCUUGAGAAGUUCAGAACCAUGAUUCCAUUUGAUCAGAUGACAUUUGAGGACUUGAUUAAGGUCUUUCCUGAAACGAAACUGGACAAGGAGAAGUAUCCAUAUUGGCCACACAAACCCACUGAAGACCUGUAAAUCUGUC